GCAACAUGCUACGAGACUGUCAUCUAACUUGUGGUUGGUGAAUCGGCGUGGACAAUAUGAAUGGCAAUUUGUAUUGUUCGACGUCUUCCCAAGACAGUAGCAACUUUGUGGUUUCCAACUCCGAGAAUGUAAUUUAAUAGUUUUCUUUAACGGUUUUGCAUUUGAAUUUAACCGAAAAAAGUGUGUCGGUAGUUAUACCAGCACAUGAAGAGGAUUUAGAAAAGGAAUACAUUGGUUAACAUUGCGUCGAACGAAGCUAACUUUUGAGCAGUCACAGACCAGCGUUGGUGUGUGACAGGAGACUCAGCUCUCCACCUGGACUGGAGAUGGGGGAUCCUGAGCCUCCAGAGUUUGGGUCCCUGGAGGAAGAGCUGGAGUAUUGGAAGGAACAGGCUGCCAGGCACCAACAGAGUGCAGAGGAAGCUCAGGAGGAACUGCAGGAGUUUCAGCAGAUGAGUCGGGACUAUGAGGUGGAGCUGGAGCUGGAGCUCAAACAGUGUGAGGCACGAAACCGUGAGCUUCUUUCUGCCAACAACCACCUCCGCAUGGAGCUGGAAAACUACAAGGAGAAGUAUGAGACGCAGCACUCGGAGGCCUACCGGCAGAUCUCCAGCCUGGAGGGAGACCUGGCUGAGACCACCGCCGUUAGAGACCAGCUUCACAAAUACAUCAGAGAGCUGGAGCAGGCCAACGACGACCUGGAGCGGACCAAGAGGGCGACCAUCAUGUCGCUGGAGGACUUUGAGCAGAGGAUGAACCAUGUUAUAGAGAGGAACGCCUUCCUGGAGAGCGAGCUGGACGAGAAGGAGAAUCUCUUGGAGUCCGUCCAGAGGCUGAAGGACGAGGCCAGAGACCUGAGACAGGAGCUCGCGGUGCAGCAGAAACAGCAGGUACAGGACAGGAAGCCCACCCUCAGCAGUGCAAUCAAAGACCUUUCCUUGGCCUCGGCUGGUCUGCCCACCCCGCCCCUCACCCCACCAGACAAACGAACCGAGGACAGAACCACGUCUUCGUCCUCUAACCAGCCCGUCCCCCCUGCCACCCCUCCACCCAGACCUGCAGCCUCAGCAGAGUCCUUCACCACCCCGCUGCCCUCCGUCAGCAGAGGUGAAAGCCUCUCGGGGACUCCUCUCACCACGUCGGCGAGAAUCUCGGCCCUGAACAUCGUCGGAGAGCUGCUGAGAAAAGUCGGGAACCUGGAGUCCAAGUUGGCGUCGUGUCGGGAAUACGUCAACGGGCAGACAGCGAGCCGCAGAGGCCGCGCGGGGGGACAGGGGCCGACGUCGGGCCACAACAACUCCACAGAGACCCAUCCUACCAACGGCCUCUACAACAAGGGGCUGGUGAAGAGGUUAGAGUUCGGCGCAGGACCCAAGCUGCUGCUGUGAAAGUGAAAACCUCCUCCACCACCUCCGUCCUUCAUCCUCCUGUGAGCUGCUGCUGCCUUCCCGUCCAUCCGGCCGCUGUUUAACGGUACUGUGUGUUGCACAUCGCACCGAACGCCGACCACUGGGAGCUGCAGUGAUGCAAACAGACGGGUAUGUUUGCUAUGGACAUGUUUGGAUGUCUGUUACCAGCUCAUGUCCACACAGUCAGAACUUCUCUUUGUUCAUUAGCAGGACUUCUUUUCGGCACUCGCACUUAGCUCGAACUAACUAACUGGACUUGUGCUGCAUGUCACCACCUUUGUUUUGCUUCUUUUUUUGGUGUGUAAAGCCUGAACACAAAGCGAAUUUUAGAGGCAGCACGAUUGCAUAUGGAGUCAAUAAAGAAAAGACUAACAGAUGCAUUAUUAAUGUAAGUUUUGACAGAGCCUUGGCAUAAUAUCUGGGGGAUAAUGUCAGUAAAUUCCAGUAAAAUACAGACUUUGCUAAUCCCCGCUGGAAACACAGAUUUGGCAUGGGGGUAAACAUCUGUACUGUCACCUUCAUCUGCUAAAACACUGCGGUGGUCAAACCUGCACAAUUAAACCAAAGUGAAAAUUUGCUUUGUUUAGUUUGAACUCACCUGGAACACUGGACGGGCACUUUUCUCUACAUCAGAAGACAGGGAGGCAGUUUUUGAGAAUGUCUUUAAACUAACUAAUAACUUUUAAACUGCAACACAGUCAGUCCUUUCCUUUUGUCCUCAUAAAACCACAUUUGCUGAUCUGCUUUUAUACAGUAUGCCUCCAAAGCUGUAUUUGUUAUAUAUAAAGUAUUGGCACAACUACAAGAAAGUGCCACUAAUGGAAUGGAAAUGGUUGAUUCAAACACACAUAUUUGAAAUAUACUGUAUUUUUAGAUUACAGAAUACAGACUGCAGAAAAACAUUAACUUGAUAGCUGUGUGAACACUCACUAGGACUCCUGUUCCUCAAGGUAUCAAAAGCACCCCUCUGCAAGCCUUAAGCUUUUAAUGAACUGUGCUUUUUUUUUUAUGACAGUCUGUAGGAAAAGUCAAAUAACUUAUUAAAAGCAUCAUUUUUUUGUGGGGAAAAUAAAAAAUACAUUUUUGAAUCAAAAUCUUGCCAACAUAUUGUGGCCUUCAGUGGUUCUGCAUCUUAAAGCUGCCUUAAUUAAUAUGUUGUGUAUAAGUAAUGAAACAAAUGUUGGAGUCAUAGUAAUGAAAAUAUUUAUCACUGUCACUAUCUCUGCCGUUACAUGUAGCUUUUUAGCCUUAUUUAACUUUGACUAAUUCUGGUUGUGCAGCUUAUUCAGCUUUCUGAAUUUUUACUCUGAAUAAGGAAAUUUAGUUUGCCCCCCCUCCCCCCCCCGUAUGGCUGAGAUUAGUGUUAGAGUAUCUGAUACCUAAAUGACACAGCUGCCCUGUGCACACUCAAAGCUACAACCUAAAAAAUGAGAUAAGAUGGAACUUAAUUCAUCCAGAAAUAAACUACAUGGUAAAUAAUGUUAUACAUAGCAGCAUAUUGAUUAAAUGUGUAUCUGGCGCAUGGAAAUAACAUCUUUAGUCUAGUAAACUUUGUGAUCCAAAUACUUGAGACCGUACUUCAGAAUUAUUAAAUUGAUAACCUUGAAUUAGUAAUUUAACGGGCUGAAUAAGACAAAAACAAGAGUACAGUAAAUAAAUGAUUGACAUUUGUUGGGGUUUAUUUGACCCCUGGA